AAGAAUGAAGUAAUAUCAUAUUUUUCACACGACCAAUUUUCCCCUUUACUGGCGGCAUUCCUCCUGAUAUCGUGCCAUGACAACAUAUACAGCACGUCCGGACAAUUUGGACUGGAAGAAGAGCCCACAUGUCAACUUCCGACGAUCAAAUUCGUCCAUCACAUCUAGCCGACAAGAGCUACUCUAUGAACUUUUGUCCGGAAUUCAAGCUGAUGAAGAUAGUGCAAGGUUGUUACUACAAACUUACGAUAUAGAUGAAGAGUGUGAUUCUGAGGAUGAAGAUGCCUUCACUCCCCAAACUCCUCUGCGCCCUGUCGAGGAUUUGAACCCACCCCAUGAAAGAAAUGCACCUCAGGACUCUGCAGCCUUCAAUUCACCAUUACGUCCCAGUCAUUCAGAAAAUCCAUUUCUCAGUACACCUUUACGUGUGAAGUACUUUCCCAAUCUCAGUCCAUCCAUUCUCCGUCAACUGCUGCGCUCGCCGUCCCCAAACUUCUACAGUUCAGAUGGGAGCUUCGAGGCCGUCUCUGCUUCACCUUUGUCUCUGUCCAUUCCUAGUAGUCUGGAACUCCAGAACGUUCGAAAGACAUCUUGUGCAAAUCCGCAAGCAGGUGGACCUUCAAGCUUGAUUUAUCCUCUCACUCCUCCAUUGACUGCACGUAUCCCUUGCACCGAUUCCCACGAAACACCUGUCCGCAUGUUACGCUCUCCUCUUUAUUUGGACGUCGUUUCUACCCCCGGUCUUCACAUCGAAGGCGUGGAUCUUGAUUCGGUACCCGAUAUUCGAGCCUGCCUUUCUUCCAUGACGCCGUUCACUGCCAUUGAGUCCCAUCAGAACAGACGUCAACGACAGCUCUUUAUGAAUUCUGCUGCCGAUCCUUCAGCUGUCUCUACAACGACCCCCAAUUCGCAAUGCGUUAUACAGGGAAUACGAGCAGAGACCGCUUCCGGUGUAAAAGCAGUGCCAUUGGCAAAGACAACAGCUUCGUUUGGUCUUCCAUCGACUCCCGCCAGCCCUUUGCUCCAAACUUCCAGGACUGCACGGAUUUCCCAGAAUCGUCGUACACCAAAACCUGGGAGAGUAUUACAGCGAGAGUUUGUAGAACUUCUGGAGGCUCGGGCUAUGGAAGAGGAGAAAAUGGCGCAGGUCCUUGACAUGAUGGCGAAGAGGUUGGAGAGGCUAGCCUUACAGAGGAGACGACUUGUAGCUCUGCUAAUCAAAGAGACGAGGUAUUAAGAACUAAUACGUGGAUAAUACAGUGUGAAGCGAUGGUACAACAUGUCGUUUGUUCUACAAUAGAUGCAUAUAUGCACAGGAUGAAUUUGAGGAACUCAUGCAAUUUAUCCUCCACGAGAAGAAACCUGUUGGGAAACACCUCAAAGCAAAGUCUCUCUUUGUUUCCCCUGAUCUACAACAACACUUUCCAUUCCAGAAAGCCACAUGUCGAUAUCUGC